UUCAAUUCCUAUCCAGAGACAAUUGAGUGCGGUGCUGAACGUGGACCGCGUUCGCAUUUUGUUUUAUUUAUAUUUCGUCAAAGUCUCCAGCGGGCUUCUUCGCUAUGGCAUUGACUAUUGUGUUGGGGUUGACUAUCUUAAGUGUAGCCAACUAUGGAAAUACUUAUGAGUUUUCUGGACAACUAAAACCAACCAUUAAACCAUUUUCUACAACGACAAACCAACCAUAUCAAGGAAACCAAUUCAAGUCAGCAUUCGGAUACAAUAGUGUUCCUGCAAAGCCCUUCGGAUCACCAUUCGAACACUUUAAACAGUCAUACCAACCUUACCAACCGUACCAACCGUACCAACCAUUCAGGGCAAAUUAUCAACCGUUUGGACCUUAUCCUGGUUACCCAGGGCCUGUUGUAUAUCCCGGUCAUGGUAGUUAUCAAGGACCAGAGGCUUACCGUUUUAAUGAACCCAAUCAGAAGCCAUUUGGAUUCCAACCAUUCCCAGCACCAGCGCCGCCAGCGUUCAAUCAAUACAAAUUUGGACCAGCGAAAAAAUUCAAUAAAAAUUUCCCAGGACUCACCGAUUUCAAUCAACCUGGCAAAUACUUCCAAGAACACCAAUUUGGRGCAUAUCACGGACCCGAAUUUUCUUCUGCCAUUGUGCCUGCAGAACACAACAUUAAGCAAUCAAAACCUAAGGAAACGUUAUUAGGCAAGCCAAUUGAAUUCGGAUUACCUAAACAAACCAGCUUUGGAUUCCCUUCUCCACCAUCAUUCGGAUAUCCAGUACCAAACUUCCCACCAAUUCAGCCUUUCGUSAGCACCGUGCCAUCAGUAAAAAGCGUACCAGCUACACUCGUCCCGGUGAACGCCGUUAAGAUCGAACAAAAAUUUGGAGGAGCCGAAGCCACUACCUCGGUCGUCCCGUCGUCGUCGGUCCAAGACGAUUCGGUAACGGUUGAACAGCAAUCCGCAGAGGUCACGAGCGAACCAUCGGCAGUGACGCCCGCUGCGGACGCCCAGACCGCCAGUCCCGCUCAGGAAGAAGUCACUUCCGGUGUCUCCUCAGAUGUCCAAKCACCAGCCACCGAAGUGACGAGCGACAAUGAAGCGCCCGCCGCCGAAGUGACAAACAACAAUGAAGCGCCCGCCGCCGCCGCCGAAGUGACGAACGACAAUGAAGCGCCUGCCGCCGCCGCCGAAGUGACGAACGACAAUGAAGCGCCCGCCGCCGCCGCCGAAGUGACGAACGACAAUGAAGCGCCYGCCGCCGCCGCCGAAGUGACGAACGACAAUGAAGCGCCCGCCGCCGCCGCCGAAGUGACGAACGACAAUGAAGCGCCCGCCGCCGAAGUACCAAACAACAAUGAAGUGCCCGCGGCUCAGGACGCCGCACCAGCCCAAGAACAAAGCGCCGCACCGUCGUCRGAGAGCAACGAACCCAGCAACGUUGGCAGCGAGCAGACCGCAUCCGUUCCGGAAACACAAGACUCCGCGGUCCAGGAACCCAGCCCCGUAGUGGUGGCCGAAGAAGUAAAGGAUACUUCYAGCGCCUCACCAGCUCAGGCUUCAAUCGAAUCCAGCGACUCGUCCACCGUCAGCGGGCCGGCGAAAUCCGAGGCAGUCGCAUCUGACAACAAACCCGUGACCGGGUCUGAAGCCGUGAACUUGCCUGGUCUACCCAUCGAACUGCAGAACACUCAAUUUGGACCAGUUCCCGUUUCAGACACAUCGUCUUUGAGCCAGUUCGGCUUGUCCGGAUUCCCGUACUUCGGACAGUCCGCCGGUGCCCAACAACCGUCGUACUACCCCUUCUUCGAUGCUCCAGGUUUAUCGGAAGAAGAACUGAAGGCAUUCACGGCUAAGUUAGCUUCAGAGAUCCCRCAGUCGGUACAGGUUUUAGGAGGCGCCGCAAAUCCGGAAGUAAACACACCCCAGCAGGGCACCUCUAUCAGCAAUCCAUCUGCUGAAAUCGCCACCCUCAUCGAAAGCGUAAACGAAGCCAAGAGUCAAAAUAAAGCCGUGAGCGACGAGAAACAAAAAACUCCCGAUUCGUCAACACCAUCAACAUUGUCCAGCACCCCAAAAGUACAGUCAAAAUUCAACUCCGUACAGAUAAUCCAAAACGACCCGUUCAACGGACAGUUGCCUUUGUUAUAUGACCCGUCCAGCGCCGCCUCGCCAUUGGACACUUACAAGUUCUACAGCCACCCGUCCGUGUCCGCGUGGUCAUCUAAAGCCUCAUUGGCCUCUUACUCGCCCGAAUCUGCGUUCAGCAACUUCGGAUCCCAAUUCAAUCAAGGAUACUUGGUCGAAGGUUCGCCCACGCUGACGCCGCUCACCAAGACUGUCGUGCAAUCCGGCCAGACGCCACUUUCAAUCUCGUCCCCAGACCAUCCGCUCCAUAGCCAGGUGUUCAAAUAUUCGCAAUCGUUCGUGCCAUAUCCAGGACUAGUGUCCGGCAACAACGCCGCUGCUUACCAACCCUCCGACGUGUCGUCGUCUACAGCCACACCAACCGCGGCCUCUGUAACCACAGCCGAAGCCACCGCCGCCGACGUUUCCGUCCAGUCGACUUCCGCCCCGGAAGCCGCAGUCGAGAUCAGCAGCAGCUCUCUGGCCGAAGAAUCAGCUUAAGGCGUCCACGAUUUUCUUCCCGCCAUUCCCUUGCUCCCGGAAAUGGUCACUUUACUUACUUUCCUCGUUCUUUCUUUAACAGUCCAUCCAACAUUGCAUCUCUUGAAUGAUCUAUAUUUGUGCCAUGAUGUUUGACGACGACUGAACACCGCGGUGAUCAGUUCGCAGUACCGAUGAUCAGCAGGGUUGUCAGUCAAUUCCAGGAGACUAUAUAAAUACAUAAUUUUUAAACCUAUUGUAAUAAAUUAUUGAACAAUAAUUGUUUUAUUUUUUUACACAAACGUAUUUAAAUAAAAACUACUGCGU